CGCCAAAAUCACCCAAACAUUACGAUUUUCCUUCCUGAUCCACGACUUUGGUUAACCCCAAAUCAAAUCAGAGAAACUCCCAAUUCGAGCCCUAAUUCCAAAACCCCAAUCUAGAAAUUCAAAUUAGCAAGAUAUGGGUUCAAAAUCCACAAUCCAUAUCAAUUGAACCACAUAUUUCAUAUGAAGGAUUCAACAGCUUCUUCCCAAAUAUUCUAGAGGGCGUAGCAGUAGGAGGCACAUAAAGCAAAGAUGGCGAGUUCUAUUGGGAUCCAUCUUCUCCUACCCCAACCCUGUCAGGAAUAGGAAUUCAAAUUAGAAGGGUAUGCGCGGGCUGUAUGUGGUGUGGUUGGUUUUGGAAUCCGGUUUCCUUUUCUGCAUCCUCGAUUUGGGUUGUUGGGCUUUCCAAUUCAAUUAUUCAGCAGCCCAUGAGCCAUUUACCAAGAGAACUUAUACACGCACCGAGGCCAGUCGUUCAAUCAAUUGUUCAAACCUAACCUCAUAGGAAACUGAGAAGGUUGCAAUCUUUUACGAUCAAUAGGUGAUUUAUGUGGGCUCUUUUACCAAGCUUAAACAAUACCUUAAGGUAAUGGUCGAGGCUGCUAGAUCUUCUUUGAAGCAGAAUUCAAUGCCUCUACCUCCCUAGAGAUCUUAAUCUAUUAGAAAUCUAGUUAAACACAAAUUCUAAGAUGAUUUAAUGAAAGUAAAAAUUAGUGGAUCAAUUUAGAGUUUUGUAUUUUUAUAUCUAUUACGCUUGAUCAUUACUUAUGUCUAUUUAAGUAAAUUUAUAUAUAAUUUAAAAUAUAGUAAAAUUUUAUUUUUAAAAGUGGAUGUACUUAUAAAAAGCGUGGAUGGAAAUAGCGGUACCCUUAGGAUUUAGGUAAGGCCUUCUUCUACUUUCCUUUUAUCAGUCAAGGUUUGGGAAAACAACUUGUUCAGUUUUGUUUAUCUAUUCAUUCAUUCUUUUUGAAUUCAAUUUCUGGUUUUAUAUUGUCUCUGCCUAUUCAAAAUUGCUGUCUAUUGGACUAGUUUAGGCUUUUAGCAUCGAAAUGGAAACCCAGAAAACAAAUUACUUGUGAACUCUUUUCUUUUAUUUUUUUAUUUUUUUAGGAAUUAAGAUUUAAGACCCCUAGCCAUUUGAGACUUGGAGGAGGUUCUUUGCGAUGGAAGCAGAGUUUUUGGUUAGAGUUUCGACGCCACGGCACCCAAUUCCGUUCUCCCGGUGUUGCAUCCCCAUGGCAGUGCUGCUUCCUUAAAGGAGCCACCUGUUUAUUGAUUAUUACCGACUGCCAUAAUGCUGUGCCACUUCCAAGUUCUGAUUCGGGUCUCACGGUGACUGGAGCUCUUUGCUCUAUGAACACAGUGGUAAGGUAGGUACAUUCAAGAUAUUAUUAUUUACUUGAGUCGAAAAUGGCCUUAAAUCUCAUAAAGAAAGCCCUACAUGAAGCGGAAAAUCCAAUUGAGGUCUCCCUAAGAGAAUCCUUUCAAAUUCUUGAACCCAAAUUAAGACCCCCUUUUCCUUUAACAAUCCCAACUCAAGAAGAGUACUCAAACCUCAACAACGCAAUUCUUUAUGGCAUUUUGUGUGAACCCCAAUUGGCUAACGUACAUCUUAAGCACUUACAUGGCAUAGUUACUGAUGGGUACCGUUAUUUCACGAGUAUGCUCAUCAAAAUUGUGAAUGACUUUUAUGGAAAGCUAUUUGAUUCUGUGAAGAGGCAGUUGAUCUCAGUAGCUCAUGAAACUGUGUAUGUGUCGGCAGUGGGGUUUGAUGAGUUGAUGGUAGCCCUUUUGAGGCAGAUUGUUGGUGGGGAUUUUAGUGAAGGGAAUUUGUGGUUGUGUUUUGAGAUGGUCACUCUUUUUUUAAGCAAAUGGGAUUCUUUGUUAGAAGAGGAGCCUUUAGUUUUGACAUUUGCUUUGUAUGUUUUUCUUCGGUUGUUAGCUGAUCACUGUAGAGUAUCAAAUGUUGAACGGAUUGAAGCGUUGAAGCGAGUUGAGAUAGAUUUUUGUGUUAAAAUGAUAAGGGAAAAUUUUCAUUUAUGUUUGAAGAUUGGGAGGGAUCUUCUGAGGCUUUUACAAGAUUUGGUUCAUAUACCUGAGUUUUGUGCCAUAUGGAAAGACUUGUUACUGAAUCCAAGCUCAUUUAGGAAUGAGGGAUUUGCGGAUAUCACACAAAUUUAUCGUACAAGGACUUCGAGUAGGUAUCUUUUGCUUCGGAUUACUCCUGAAAUGGAAUCUCAGUUGAGGUUCUUGCUUACUCAUGUGAAGUUAGGGAGUCAGAAGCGGUACCAAGUUUGGUUUACAAAGAAGUUUCUGGCUACUCCAGAGAGGGAAACACUUCUGACAGACAUGGUUAGGUUCAUAUGCUGUGCACAUCACCCGUCUAAUGAAAUUAUCCAAUCAAAUGUUAUCCAGAGAUGGGCUGUUAUCGGUUGGCUUUUGAAAUUUGGUAAAAAGACUCACGUUGAAGCAAAUAUGAAGCUUGCCUUGUUUUACGAUUGGCUUUUCUUCGAUGAUAAGGCGGAUAAUAUCAUGAAUCUCGAACCUGCAAUUUUGUUGAUGGUGCAUUCUAUUCCUAGAUACAUGGAGAUGACACAUUCUCUUCUUGAAUUUCUGUUCAUAUUGUUGGAUAACUAUGAUCUUGAUAGGAAGGCAAUGGUGCUAAGGGGAAUAUCAUCAGCUUUCCACAUACUUGUCAGGAAAGGCGUGGUCCAAUCGCUCGAUGUUCUUGUUAGUUGUGAUAUGCUUUCUCCAUUUCUCAAGGAAAGCCUUAGAAAGUUGUUGCCGGACCUGAACAUGAACUGUCCAGCGGAGCUUCAAAAGAGUAAUAUCCUGUGUAGUAACACUCCAUCAUAUUUGUGAAGCUUGGAAUCUUGAACAUUGUCAAGCAUGGGUUAAAUUGGUUGCCGCUUUUGUCAGGGGCGGCCAUGGUGGUUUACCAAAUUUAAUGUCUCAAAUUUUGGCUCGUAUAGUCCUUAUAAUUCUGCGAUUAACGGAGAAUGUAAAGAUAUAUAUUAAUUUGUUGGAGUGGUUAUUGUACGACUAGAAAUUUCAUUUAAAUUUUUUUCACUUGAGUCAUGAUUCUAGACCUGGGUUCGACUAAAUAGGAAAGUGUUUUUACACCCAUUUCGAUGGUUCAUCAGGAUGAGACGAUGCAAUUUUAAAAAAUUGUAAGUACUGAAUUAUUAAAGUUCAUACGAAAAGUCAUUAUUAUUAAGAAUGGUACUCGAA